GACGCUUCAACUCGUGAUUUUCUCUCUGUGCAACUAAAUGAAUGAACAGAUGGAGGGAUGGACAUCUUUCCUCUCAUCUCUCUUUUCGUGCAAAUUACAUCCGUAGAAAAGUAACUGGAACUAGAUUUCAAGUCUGAACGUUUUUUUGUGUUGUUGUUCUUUUUUCAGAUCAACAUUCUGAGCGUGGAUGAUGUUUUCUGUGGUUUAAGACUUGCAGCUUUUCUUCUACAUACAUAGUCACAUAUUUCUACAAACCGAAAGCAUGGCUUCUCCUCGCCUCGAGACGUUCUGCUGUCCGAAUCGUGAUGCUGCGACGGAUUUUAUCAUCAACUUCCAGCCUGUUUUUUUCACCGCUAUGUGUGCAGGAAGCGCCGGAUUGAGCAUGAUCUUCUCUCUCGUGCAGAUUCUUCCUAAAAGGAGAGGGUACAGGCGAUUCGGGACGUACCCGCUCCCAAAACCGGCCUCUUCAUCCAGGAUUCUGUUCAUCAUAAGUAUGUGUGAUAUUCUAGGAUGCGCAGGAAUCAUCGUGAGAUCGUCGGUUUGGCUCGGCGUUCCCAGCGUCAUCGAGGAAAUUUCAGUCACUAACGGCAGUAACGUGUGGCCUGAAGUCUUCUGCGUGGGCAGCGCUAUGUGGAUCCAGCUGUUCUUCAGCGCCUCCUUCUGGUGGAUGUUCUGCUACGCGGUGGACGCGUUUCUGGUGGUCAAACGAUCAGCUGGAAUCAGCACCAUUGUUCUGUAUCACAUGAUCACGUGGGGUUUGGCGGUGCUGUUGUGUGUGGAAGGUGUAGCGAUGCUUUAUUACCCCUCCCUCUCGAGUUGUGAAAAUGGCCUUCAGCACGCGAUCCCUCACUACGUCACCACUUACGCUCCAAUGCUGCUGGUGCUUUUAGUCAAUCCAAUCCUGUUCACACGCACUGUCGCAGCUGUUACAUCACUACUGAAAGGACGUCAAGGAGUUUACACAGAAAACGAGAGACGUUUAGGAGCAGAAAUCAAAAUACGCUUCUUCAAAAUUCUCCUGGUCUUCGUUAUCUGCUGGCUGCCCAACCUGAUUAACGAGAGUUUGUUGUUUUACCUGGAAAUGCGACCCGACGUUCAAGCUGCUGAGCUGAAGAACGUCCGUAAUGCGGCUCUCAUCACUUGGUUCAUCAUGGGUAUUCUGAACCCCAUGCAGGCCUUCCUUAACACACUGGCCUUCCACGGCUGGACAGGUUUAGACAUCGACCUGAGUCUGCAGCGGCGCCGUGAGCUAGCCUGGGACUCGGCCUCCACCUCGAUUGCGACAACCGGAGGUUACAAUCCCAUGAUGCCGUCCACGCUGCUGUACCAGAGCCACGUCCAGGAUGGGAAGAAGAUGAACGGACACCAGCUUCCAUCCGAUGCAGUCAGCAUCCUGUCUGAAAGUUCCGGCUCUAGUACUCUUGAAAUCCACAUAUCGAGUGAACUUCGAGGCGGCGAGGAAGCCGAGGCAGGAGCGGUGGAGGAGACACUGAGGCGAUAGGAGACCAGGCACUCUGUACAAUCGAACAAGCGUAGCGUUUUCGAACGUGAGUCGCCAUUAAAGAAAGAAUAUCAACGACGUGAAUGUCGUCUCACACGUUUAUCACGAUGCCUAAACAGAUUCUGGUGCCACUGCAGAUUUUUAACGUUAUCUCCGGAAGAGGAGUCCUCCAGGUGGAACAUCAGAACGACCUAAAAUUAACUAAAGAACGACAAAAUAAAAGUUUCUUUUCACGUUCGAGACAGAGUAACUGCAGAGCUAGACGGAGACCUGGACACGGGCGAAGACUAAAUAACUUCCCACUAGGAAAAAAAACCAACAAAAACUCCCCCUCUGCUCAGGAACCCGGGGUGGCCUCCUGAACCCUGAGUUCAGCAAGUGACGUCAAUCCAACAUGGCCGCCCACAGCAUCGACAGUAACCACAGCAGCACUUCUUACCUUUAAACGAAUUACACUGUAUUUACACUCAUUUACUGACUGACAAACACAAACCCUGACGACGAGACGGCGCCAUUCGUUCGUCCAUCACUUCCAACCUGACGAAUCCUUUAUUCACUUUUAUUCUUUAUUUUCUGUGUAUGCUGGAGUUGCCAUUUAUCACAUAUCCGACUUGUAACUGAAAUAUUAAGGACCAAAUACAUGAAUGAAAUGAAACUUUAGUGCUCCCUUAUUUCUCCACUAGGUGGAGCUAAGAACACAUCAGGAAGAAACACACUGCAGAAAGGAAAGUUUUUUGGUUUUUUUUCCCCUUUUGAUAACAUAAAAGUCCAACAAACAAAUAAACAGUUUGUAAAAUAAAUACAGUUAAUAAUUAUUUUACUGAUAACAGAUUGUACGCAUAUAAUACAAGAAACGCAGCACGGAAAUAAUAAGAAUAAAAUUACAAUAAAUAAUGAUCAACAGGCUUUUAAUACCAAAUUUUGGGUCCUAAUCAGAAAAAAAACAUCUCACUGUUCAUUGGACAGUGCGCUCUUCGCUUGUCCCGCCUACUGAUGAUUGGGAGAUCGCUCAAAGAGGCGGGACCUCGUAACCAACCGCUAAUCACUGACUGAGAUCUGAAACUUAGACAUAUCACCUUCAAAUA